AUGAAGCAGGAGGAACUGCGGAGAGCUGGUGUGCCGAGCAGGAGAGGGCAGAAAAGGGAAGCAGCCAUGCCCGCAGGGCCCGAGCUGGGCGGGCAGCAUCUGGCGGCCCGCAGGCACGCCCGGGGGCACUGGGCGGGGGCGGGGCAGCGCCGCCGGCGGGCGGUACCGAGCGGUGGGCGGGGGCGAGGUUGCCAUGGAGACCGGGCCGACCCCUGCCCCCACCCUCCUCCUCAGGCGGGCGGUGCCGCCGCCGCUGGCGCCGGACGCGGCCUGCAGCCGGCCCCGGAGGGAGCGUGCAGGUUCGUGCCGGGGGGAGCCGAGCCGCCGCUCCUGCCGUCGGGAGGCCGAGGGGCCGCACAGCGUCGCCGUAUGCCGCGGCUUGGCCUCCAGAGCACCCGGCACAAAGAACCAUCUCAUACUGCAAAGGAAAAGUUUGCAAUGCCAGCUCCAGUGGAAGAAGCACAAGUCAAGCAAUUAAAAAACUUGAAGCAGCAGAUUAGAGAGCUGCAGACAAGACAUAAAAGUCUGGAAAUUGAGCUGUGCAGAAGAGAAUGGAGUCACAGUGCUUGUUUAAGGGAGAAAGAUGCUCUUAUUAGAAAGUAUAAACAACAACUGGCUCUGGCAGCUGAGCGAGAGUGUAUUCUUGAACAGAAUAAAGUGGAAGCAGAACACGACUGGCAGCAGCUCUGUGAGAAUUCUGAAAGUGAUCAGUGUCAGAAAUCAGAGGAUCUAACACAAAGACUGUCUUCAGCAGGAGAGCAGGUAUUUCAGUAUGAUGAUAAAACUUCUCUGAGCAAAGAUGCUCCUACCUUAGAAAUAAAAAAGCUGCAGGAGCAGAAUGCCAACCUCCGGGCUGCCAUUACACAAAUGAGGAAAGAAAUGGAGAGCCUUGAUGAGCACACAUCAUCCUCUCUUCCUCCAGCAGAAAACAGACAGCUUGCAGAGCAAGGUGACAAUGCUUGCCACAGAACUCUAAACUCAGGUUCACUGAUCACAAACAAAAUUUCAGCUGGGACCACUUUGAGCAAAGGCAGCUCGGUAGUCUCAGGUUGUGUAGUGAACUCUGACACAGAAAAGAGACCAAACCCCAAAAUUCCUGAAGAAAAGAUGGUAGAUUUUGGACAACAAUUACCUGAUGUAGGUCCUGGUGGUGUUCUUCAGUAUGAUGUCAACUGCACUCUACAAGGAAUGCAAAAUAAACUAAAGGAAGCAGCACGGAAAAUCUCAGUUCUGAACCAAGAGAAGCAGCAGCUGAUUGAAAUUGGAAACAGGCUCAGGGCAGAACUUGGGAAGGAAGGACUUUGGCAUCCUGCUAGCUCUAAGCACUGCACAGUUUGUCUUACAUCUGGCAGUCUUCUUCCAAGAGAGCUUGUCAGAAGAAUGCGGUGUCAGCUGUCGGCUUUAAAGCAUCUGCAGCACAGCCUUGUAACGCAGGUUCAGCAAGAUUUCUCCACCAAAAAUCAUGGGCCAGAGCAAAGAAAGACAGACCCAUCCUCAAGGAUUGUUCACAGUCAGCCACUCCAGCAGAGGCUUAGUCAAUCCCAGCAGCUCCAUCUUCCUUUAUCUAGAGCAUAUAAUUGCUGCCAAGAUACUUGGCAAACUUUAGAAAUGGGAUCAAGCCCUUCUGGUCUCAGUCCUCUAAAGAACACUGACCAAGCAGUGGAGUUUGAAGUUAUACAGUCAACUGAGCAAUCUGAAGAAUCUCAGCAAAAUAGCAAAGCCAAGGAUAAACUGGAAAUGCCAGAUGCGGAUUUGACAGUGAGAGGGACCAGGCUGGCAGUUCAGGAGAAGUUAAAAUCCAGAAAUGUAUCUGGACUAACCCAUAAAACGUAUCCCAUCAACCCAAAAAUCUCUUCUAAAAUGGCAAAAAUCCGCAACUAUAACAUUAAAGACUGAUUUCUCUGUUGGCAGCAAGCUCCAGGUCCCCUCUUGCUGUUAAGUCACUUGGAAAUCUAUAAGUCACAUCUAAACACCAGCUUCAUUUUUUAGUAUGUUGAGUUGAGAUGCUUGCAGCCAGAAGAGAGAACAAAUACCCUGUUUCAUACCAUGAAACCCUAAAAGAGAGGGUUAAUCUGUGCAUAUUAGGAGGUUACAGACUUCACUGCUAGUCCUGGUUUAUUUUAAUUAUACAUGUUAAAUAUGGCUUGCGUCAUGGAUUUAGAAAUGCACAGUUAAGACAUAUAUAAAGCCUUGUGCCUUUAGGCAGGGCUUGCAGGUCUUUGGUAAAGAUUUUGUUGAGAAACUGUAGAUGUGAUUUAAGCUUAGUGGGAUGCCUCAACCUAUUUGUUUUCUUUUAAUUAACAAUGCAACCGUUAAUCCUGUGCAGCUACCUUUCAACGUGAAAGAAAGAGGUUAGAAAAGAUUACAUCUGGGCCUGUACUGAUUCUCUGCUCUGUAGCAAUUUCCACUUGGUCAGACAGCACGAAGAAGUGUAAUAUUAAACUCUAAUGUUGCACCAUUAACUGUAUAUUCUUUAACAAGAGGUUGCAUAGAGCUUAAAACAGUGAAAAAUAUGUCCAUUAGCGGCACUUGGAAUCGUGCAGAAGCAUUGUAGGAAAUGAGUUUUACAACAGAUGAAACUGAAACAGAGCUUGACUGAGUUGUGAUGUAGUGAGGGAUAUCCAUAGAGUCAUGAAUGUGCCAGGAUAUUGAAACAAUGAUCAGUGCAUUUUUGUAAUGUUUCCAGUAACACUGAGCUGUCUUGGGCUAGUACAGUGACAAUCUUGGCUAUAAGGAAAAGAAAUACACAUGAAAAGUUGCAGGAAAACCUGUCUUGCUGUGGGAAAUGCCAUGCACUAGAAUAGAUUGCCCAGAGAGGUUAUAGAGUCUCCAUCUGUGGAAAUACCUAAAACCCAACCAGAUGGGGUCCUGAGCAACCUGCUCCAGCUGUCCCUUGCUGAGUAGAGUGAUAGGACUAGGUGAUCUCAGGAGGUCCCUUCCAAACCAAAUGAUUCUGUGACUGGUAUCACUGAAGUAAAUAAUACUUCUCAUCUGCUGUUAAAAACACAUUAAAUCUAAACAUGAAGGAAGAGAACUACUUAUCCAGGAGCCUUUUUUUCCUGUAGUGCUUUUUCAUUUUCAGAAAUCCUUUGCUGGUCCUCUUUGCAACCAGCUGUCCUUUUGGCACCUGAGGGUCUGGUAGAGUAAGAGUUUUAAGCAUUUGAAUAAUUAUUUUUCUCUUCCCUGCUGCAAAUGCUUUGCUCCAGUGCAAAGGUACUUAUGAUACUGUAGCCAAAUGCUAAAUCUGCAACAAAUUUCAUUGAGGUGCUACCAAGCCAAUAAGGAGGCCUGAAAGGCUUUGUGAGCUUCUUUCUAAAUCACUGAAUUACUUGAAAAUCCUGCCAUUGGAUUCAACAUUUAACAUUGUUCAUGAGCCGGAACAACAUGAUGCAUUCCUCUGAACCAGGCCUUGAAUGAGCUCUUUCUGUAGCUCAAAGCAUAGUGGUUUCUAACAAGUAGAGGAAUUUUGGCCCAGAUCACACCAGCUACAGCUCUCACUGGUUUUCAAGAACACAAUGUGUAAAUUCCAAAGUUUUUAAUGGUUGUAGCUUAUCCUGGUUGUUUUUUUUUUUUUUUCCUUUCUAAUUUAUUUCCAAUUCCAUGGUUAAUUUUGAACUGUGGGGAUGUGCAGUGUUUCAGUGCUAUGGGAUUUAAUGCAUUUACAGGUGUUAAAAGCAGUGUGCCCUUAGAAAAAGAGCAGUUUGUUCCCUACUGUUUGUAAUAAUAACUGCAUCUGAGCAGGGAAAACAUUACCCUAUAUUCCUUACAUCAUAGAUAUAAGAUCAUGGGCUGCAAACUUCAGAACUACCUUUGUGUAGGUUUCACUGCAGGUUUUUAGAUGUCAUUGUUGAUUGGUUAUUUGAGGGUUUUGGGUGUUUUUUGGUGGUUGUUUUCUUCCUCCCCCCUGAGUUUGUCACCUGGCAUGUCUGAUCAUGCAGACCUCUUGACAGGAAUGCAACUCUAAUUUAUGCAGUGUCCCUGAGAAACUGGUUUCCUCAAGGUAGCUGUAGGUAAGGGAAGGUGAUAGCUCUUGGUUGUUUCAUUUUGUUCUGUUUGUGGUAGGAAAAAAAAAAGUAAAUCAUUGUACAUUUGUUUGAGAGUAAUUAUAAGAACAUAGCAUAUAAAUAUCCUGAAAAAGAACAAAGUCUGCAUAAUAACAAUAAAGAACAUGAACAUAUGGCUUGGA